AUUCAACUUGUUCCAUGAUCGGGAUUCUGACGAUGUGAACUGAUAGAAUAUUUCUAGAUGCAAUCUCCUAAACGGACCAAAUGAGACCUAAAUGUCCGAUAUUAUUAAUCGUGAGAAUCUCUAUGAAUAUUAAUACAUCCUUAUGCCUUGAGAACUCAAACACCGACGUUCUUUCUUGGAAUUAGGGUAACAAUAACUUAUCCUCUAACGGCGCCUAAAGAGAAAUGUGGUUUUCGAUUAAACCUCCAGCGGUAUCCUCUUAACAAAUUACCAGAUGUGGAAGAAAGAGACUGACCGGGGUAUCAUUGUAGGUGUUGAUACUUUGUUGUUGUCCUAAGUCGACAUUUGGGUUUCAGAGAGAUUAGGGCUUUGGUAAAUCCCCCAGUAGCCGAAGAUGUCUCCGCUUCUCGUGGGAACUUAUUCCAGAUUCUAUGGACACCAACCGUUCGCGAUGCAGUCGCAGAUUUCGCCAGCCUCCACCACGUCUUGCUCCAGCGAUGGAUACCUCCCUCAGACACCCUUGGAAGUCUCCCAUCCGUCUCUAGACUACACACACUACCAGUCGCCCUACUCCCAUCAAGGAGGCUACCACAGCAACCAGUACUGGUUCCAGCAUUCUCCUCCUCCAGCGGAUAUAGCCACCAGCGGCUAUCAACCACAGCAAACCAUGCCAACUCAGCAGUACCACACCUACCAAUGGCCUCAGAACUACAUGUCUUCGCUAUCGAUGAAGAUGAUGAAAUCGGAAAUCUCCAUGACUGAUUUGGCUGGUUUGGGCUCGAAAGCCAGACGCUGCAUAAAGUGCCAAUGUCCGAACUGUAUCAACGAAGAAAACGGCCUCAGGAAACCCGCCUCGAAAAAACUCCACAUCUGCCACUACCCAGGCUGCGAUAAGGUGUACGGAAAGACCUCGCAUCUACAGGCCCAUCUGAGAUGGCACACUGGCGAGAGGCCCUUCGUCUGCAACUGGUUGUUCUGCGGCAAGAGGUUCACCAGAUCCGACGAGCUACAGAGACACCUCAGGACCCACACCGGCGAAAAAAGGUUUGUUUGCAGCGUGUGCACGAAGAGGUUCAUGAGGUCUGAUCACCUAGCCAAACACCUGAAGACCCACAAGAAUUCCAAGAAAUCUCCCUCACCCCCGCCUUCCAACGCAGAUUCCUGCGAAUCUACCAAAAUGCCCGUCAAAAACGAAAACGUAGAACCUCAAUUCAACAUGAAUUUCAUUGCAGCUCCCCAAAAUAUGUACAGUAAUUAUCAAACAAUCUUCUCGUGAUAAUGACUCUUUUUUAGUUAGGUGUAAAUAUUAUUUUUUUAACGAAAUGUAUAAUAUGGAAUUGGACUCAGAGGGACCAUUGUUGAUUUUUGUAAAUUUUGUACAGAUUUUAAUAAAGAAGUGUAUAAAGUUGUUUAUGAA